CGGGCCGUGACCCCGGGGUCUGGCGUCCGGUGGGAGCGGGGGCUAGGUUUGAGCAAAAUGUGCCGAGGCUGCCCAGGAGAGGAGCUGCGGCUGCGCUGAAGCAGGUCUAAUUCCCCCGUGGGAUGCACAUGUCUCCAGAACCGGGCUUGCCCUCAGUGAUUCACUGCUCAGCAGCUCUCCCAGGACCCCGCUCUGCCAGUCAUCAGAUGGAGGCCCAGAAGAGGGAGAGGGAGGACCGCAGAGCCCAGCUGUGAACUAGGCUGCUCUGCUCCAGAGCCUGUGUGAGGGGUCAGUCCUGGCUGGGUUAGGGAGGGAGAUCUUGGCUGGUGUAGUGGAAACAUUUGCUUUGGAGGCAGAUGGACUAGAUUCUGAUCCUGACUCUGCUGUUAGCUGCCUGUGUGACUUUGGAGCCAUGAGCCACCAGAUCCUGCUGCUCCUGGCCGUGCUGACCUUUUGCCUGGCUGCCUCCCAACACCAAGACAAAGUGCUCUGUAAGAUGGUGGACAAGGAGGUCUCGUGUCAGGGUCUGGGCCUGCUCCAGAUCCCCUCAGAACUCCCGCUGGACACUGAGGCCCUCGACCUAUCUGGAAACCAGCUGCAGAGUAUCCUGGCCUCACCCCUGGGCUUCUACACAGCACUUCGUCACUUGGACCUGAGUACCAAUGAGAUCAGCUCCCUCCAGCCAGGAGUCUUCCAGGCUCUGCCACACCUGGAGCACCUCAGCCUGGCCCAUAACCGCCUGGCUGUGGGCACCACGCUAAGUGCCAGUGGUCUAGGGCCCUUGCCACAAGUGACCUCCCUGGACCUGUCUGGGAACAGCCUGUACAGUGGUCUGGCGGAGCAGCUGCUGGGGGAGGCACCUGGCCUGCGCAUCCUCUCCUUGGCUGAGAACAGCCUGACGCGCCUCACCCGCCACACCUUCCGCGGCAUGCCGGCGCUGGAGCGGCUGGACCUGCACAGCAAUGUGCUGAUGGACAUCGAGGACGGCGCUUUCGAGGCCCUGCCCCGCCUGGCCCACCUCAAUCUCUCCAGGAAUUCCCUCACCUGCAUCUCCGACUUCAGCCUGCCGCAGCUGCGGGUGCUUGACCUAAGCUGCAACAGCAUUGAGGCCUUUCAGACAGCCCCCGAGCCCCAGGCCGAGUACCAGCUUGCCUGGCUGGACCUGCGGGAGAACAAACUGCUCCAUUUCCCUGACCUGGCCGCACUCCCGAGACUCAUCUACCUGAACGUGUCCAACAACCUCAUCCGUCUCCCUGUGGGACCACCCCAGGGCAGCGAGGGCAUCCACGCACCUUCUGAGGGGUGGUCAGCCCUGCGCCUCUCAAACCCCAGCUGGAAUGCCAGCACCCAUCCCCCAUCCCAGCUCUUGAAUCUGGAUUUGAGCUACAAUGAGAUCGAGCUGGUCCCAGAUGGCUUUCUUGAGCACCUGACCUCCCUGCGCUUCCUGAACCUCAGCAGAAACUGCUUGCGGGCCUUUGAGGCUCGGCACUCAGGCUCCCUGCCCUGCCUAGUGCUCCUGGACUUAAGCCACAAUGUACUAGAGGCCCUAGAACUGAGUGCCAGAGCCCUGGGGUCUCUGAGGACACUGUCCCUACAAGAAAAUGCCCUGCAGGACCUGCCCCCAUAUACCUUUGCCAGCCUGGCUAGCCUGCAGAGGCUCAACCUACAAGGGAACCGGGUCAGCCCCUGCGGGGGGCCAGGUGAACCCGGCCCCUCAGGCUGUGUGGCCUUCUCUGGCAUCUCUUCCCUGCGCAUCCUGAACCUGGUGGACAAUGAGAUGGAGAUUCUAAGGGCAGGGGCCUUCCUCCACACCCCACUCACUGAGCUGGACCUCUCUGCCAAUCCUGGGCUGGAUGUGGCCACAGGGGCCUUGGCAGGCCUGGAGGCCUCCUUGGAGGUCCUGGCGCUGCAGGGCAAUGGGCUGGCAGUCCUACAGGUGGAUCUGCCCUGCUUCAGCUGCCUCAAGAGGCUCAAUCUCGCUCAAAACCGCCUCAGUCACCUGCCUGCCUGGACACAAGCUGUGUCACUUGAGGUGCUGGACCUGCGGAACAAUAGCUUCAGCCUCCUGCCAGGCAGUGCCAUGGGAGCCCUAGAGACCAGCCUGAGGCGCCUUUACCUGCAGGGGAAUCCGCUGAGCUGUUGUGGCAAUGGCUGGUUGGCAGCCCAGCUGCACCAGGGCCGUGUGGAUGUGGAUGCCACCCAGGACCUGAUCUGUCACCUCGGCUCCCAGGAGAAGGUAUCCUUGAGCCAUGUGCGCCCUGAAGACUGUGAUAAAGGAGGGCUCAAGAACAUCAGCCUCAUCAUCAUCCUCACCUUCACACUGGUCUCUGCCAUCCUCCUCACCACGCUAGCCACCUGUUGCUGUGUCCGCCGGCAGAAGUUUAACCAACAGUACAAAGCCUAAAGAAGCCGGGAGACAUGUCCAGGUCAGUGAGGGAGCCAGAGGCACAGAGAAGGUCACACAGUGAGCCAGGCUCCAAGAACCCUGGUCUCUACAUCCCAGCCCGGGGCUCCUUUCUCUGUGUCCUGCUGCAUCAGCCCUUGGGGUCCAGCUGUGGAAAUCAGAAACUGCGCAGUUUCAGGGGCAGCAGAGAAUAAUGUUGACCCAUCAGAUCAACAAAUCUUCACUGAGUACCUGUUUUGUGCUACAAUCUGCUCUGGGCACUGGGGACACUGGUAAAUGAGAUGCAUUUCUGCUCUGAAGACCCUCCCAGACUGGUAGGAGAGGUUGUUGCAGAGCCAUGCAAUGGCCACACAGUGUGACCAGGCCUCAGGGUGUGGGAGGCCAGGGCUCCAGAGCUCUGCAGCCCCUGCUGGGUCAGUGUGGAGAAUUCUGCUCCAGCCAAGCCAGGGCAAGGGAGGGUCAAGGCCAAGAGGUUUUGUCUGAGACGUUUCCAAGCAGACUAUUUGUCACAUCUGAUAAUGACUGAAAACGAAGAGCUUGUGACGGGAAGAGAACUAGAGCCACAUGAGUAUGUCUGGGACCCAGUGCCAUUCAGCAAGCUGUGGCAGCUCCAGCAGGGGCUGGUUAAGAAGUUGUCAUCCUGGGCUCUAGCCCUGCUGGACCAUUCUGUAUCCUGUUCUGGACAGGCCCUUUCCCCACCUGACAUUCUUAUUUUGGGCACCCUGACCCUGAUUCGGCCCUAAACACCCCGCCCUAUCCAGCCCCCUUCUUUCCCCACCCUGGCCACUGAGCCAGCAGUAGAACCUUAAAUAUCUGGUUCUGUUUUGCACCCAGUUUGGCCACUGUCAGUGCAAAUUCAAGCCUUGCAUCUGCCUCUAUAUGACAACUCUUAGAGGUUGAUAUUUUGUCCUCAUUUUACAAAAGAGAAAAGUGAGGCUCCAAAAGUCUCCCAGGACCCUCCAGCUAAUAAAUGCCACAGCUGAGAAUCGGAUCCAAAUUCUUCUGUCCCUAGGGCCUGAGCUCUGCCACUGUGGGGGGCUGCAGGCUGUUAGGUGGACAGGAAGUGGCCCCAUGUGGCCCGAAGAGGGCCUGGGAGCAUCCUGUGCUGUGUGUACCCACCCUCUCCCUGGCAGGCAGAGAAGACAGGAAGCUACAGACCCUCCCCUCCUUCACCUCGUCUCCCCCAGUCCUCCUUUGCACACAGGUGUGGGUUCUCUUUUUUCUCUUCUUGCUCUCUCGUUUUCCUUCUCGCUCCCUCUAUUGAGCAUAGAUUGGAGUUUGAGACUUCCAACCUUGCCAUUAGGAAAAGAAGGGGAUUUGCUCAGAACCGCACAGGUCAGUGGCAUAGCCACUAAAAAAAGAAGAUUCAGACCUUAUUUGGGGGUUGAGGUGGGGUUGGACCUGAGUGGUGUCCUUUUCUCCCAGCUGUCAUGUCACACGAUGCUGCUGGUUCCAAACUUCCUUUCUGUUUCUCGUCAUGAAGGUAUUUCUUUUUCCUCUUUAAAAAAACAGGUAGAAAGACUACCAGAUAACAUCCUGUCCCUCAGACCGUGGAGUCAUGCACUGUCCAGGAAGAAAGGAAGAUCUGGGACCAGCCCAAGACACUGUGUUACUGUCUUCAUCGUCUUACCUGUGCUCGGCCAGUGGUCUGC